AUGGUGCCUGCUCCGAGCCCCGAUCCACAUAGCGUGGUUGAGACCCUUCGUCAAACUGCUCUGAAGAACAGUUCCGCUCCCCCCCCUCAACUAUCACUUCCCUCCCGAUCGCGAACUGUCUCGAACGAAACUCAGUCUUAUUCUGAAGCCGCAAUCGAACUAACUGGUGCGAGGAACGACAUUAACCAACUUGACCAGAGGGUUGAGAGAUUCGAACAGGGUGCUAGGGCUGCCUUGACAUCACUGUCAAGUCGGUUGGGUGCGGUGGAGGAAGAUCUGGAAGAACUCAAAAGUCAGUUUAAUGACUUCAGAAAAGAGGUCCGAACAGAAUUCGACGGUUUCCGAGCUGAAUUCGACGGUUUCCGAAGCGGUCUCGCUAAUAAUACAGCCAUACAAAUCAACGGCUUGCGAAAGUGGCUAGAUGAUCCGUUACAACCAGUCUCGGCGCCUGUCCAAGUUGGAGACAGUCAAGCAUUCAAAGUAGCUUCGGAAUUCCCCAGGUCUGUGAAGGAAUUCUGGCAGCUCGGCUUAGAUAAAAGCGCCCUAACGCGGUUGGCUAGACACUAUGGCGUGACCGGCUGGGAACGAUGGCAGAGAAGUACAUCAGAAGAUACCGACGUCACGGAAUACGACGAACUAGAAGAUGCUGUCGCGGCCCACAGCGAGCGGUGCCUGAGAAUCCUUGCUGCUACAUGGGGCUUGCACUACAGCGAACUCGAACGGCCAAGGCCGAAAAGGAAGGCUGAAGUUGAGAGUGAUACAGAAGCAAGGAGAGUGAGGCCCAAAAACGAGUUAGAAGAUGAAGCUCUCGAAUCCGUCAUCUCCCAAGAUGAAAGAGGCAACAUCUUUUGUCAGGAGCUUGUUCGGCAGGUUAGGCCACGGCAGCGGCUCACAAGCGAGAUCCCCUUCCGAGAGGUCCUCGAGCGUUACCCUCUCCCACCCGGUCACCACAGGAUGUCAUUCGAAACAGCCUCGAUCAGAUGGCGGCUUAGCUCAAGCUCAAAGAAAUCCCGUGGCACCGCGCGCUCCAACCCAAGCUGA